AUGAGUGAUAUUUCACCCGACGGUAUCGAUAGAUUACCAAAGUCAAGCGAGAGAAGCCGGUGGCUUUUGGAUAGUGCAUAUAUUAUUCAAAUUAGUAAAGUUUGUGAAAAAGUCGGAAAUAAGUUUAUUUUACUGGGUCCAACUAAUUUCCACAAAUUCAACAUGGCGACAGUGUUGAUACGGAGUGUAUUGUUUAUUGUUCUAACAACAUACGUGUUGGGUGAUGAAAUUGAAUUAGAAGUGCAGAGUGGGAAUUUACUGAAAAUGCUAAGGGAAAUGGUCAAUCAAACAGCAGCGGAGUCACUGAAUUUACCAGCGAACGCCACUUCGAUCAGAGAGAAUAUUACUGAUACUUUCAGUUGUGAAAACCGCACAUAUGGGUAUUAUGCUGAUGUGGAUAACGAGUGCCAGAUCUUCCAUGUGUGCCUGCCUUCGCAGAUGCCAUCCGGAAGAAAUGUUACGUAUCGAUGGAGUUUCAUUUGUCCUCAAGAGACUAUAUUUAAUCAGGAAGUACUUGUUUGUACCAGGGAAAGAGAUUCAAUCCCCUGUGAAGACUCACCCAACUAUUACGACUUAAAUAUGGAAAUCGGUAAAAUUGUUGAACCCGAUAUAAAUAAAGAAGAAAUAGAAACAAACAAGAAGGAAACGGAAAAUAUUCCAGUUAAAAAAGAAAAUCGUCAAACGAAUCGUAAGAAGCAAAACAUUAUAAUGGAGGCGUUGAUGAAAGACGCUGUUGACCAAAUUGAAGUCAUUGAAGAAGUAUUGAAUGCUGAGAAAACAGAAGAAUUACCUGUUAUUGAAUUUGACAAAGAUUUGAAGUCCGAAAAAGAAGGUGAUAGUGACGUUCCAAAAGUAGAAGACGUUAUAAUAGAAGAAAUUAAGCCUCAAGUAGAACCUAUUUCUGAACAGGAUGAAAACACCCGAUUGGGUUCAGAGAGGAGAUUGAAAAGAACUGGCAGAAAAAUUUCAAGAGGAUCCAUUAGAUUCAGGGGUGAUAUU